UUGCAGGUGAAUAUCAGUGGAUUUCGAAGUUAUCUGGAUACAACAGUUACCGAUUUUUCGCCUCGACACAACGUGGUGGUUGGUCGAAAUGGAAGUGGAAAGAGCAACUUCUUUUUUGCAAUACAGUUUGUGCUUUCGGAUGAAUUUAGCCACCUGAAAGCGGAGCAGCGGGAGAAGCUGAUACAUGAAGGCACUGGUGAUCGUGUUGGAACAGCCAGUGUGGAAAUAGUUUUUGAUAACAGCGAUCAUCGAAUAGUUGCGGUUGAGGGAACUGAGGUACGAGUGGUGCGCCGCGUUAAUGCCAAAAGAGAUCAAUAUUUCAUCGAUUCAAAAUCGUCCACACGUAGUGAGCAAGGAAAAAUCAACGAAUUGGCCAUAUCGCCGGAUUCUUAUCGACUCAAAUUAUUGCGAGAAGUGGCCGGAACUCGUGUUUACGAUGAGCGAAAAGAGGAAAGCUUGAAAAUUUUGCGUGAAACACGUAUGUCUAAGUGUUCAAAGUUCGAUUCUUGA